AUGGAGGGGGAAGUGCUUAUCUGGUUCCAAGAUGCAGACGAUGCUGGCCAGUUUCCCACUUGGGACGCUUUCCUUCAGUCCCUGCUUACCCGCUUUGGGCCGACGUAUGACGACCCGAUGGAGUCAUUGAUGCGUCUUCGUCAAGUCUCCUCUGUAUCGGACUAUACGUCCCAGUUUGAGGCCCUCUCAAACCGUUUGCGUGGGAUUUCUGAAUCCAAUCGCCUUAGCUGUUUUCUGAGUGGACUCAAGGAUGACAUCCGUUUGCCGGUCAGGAUGCUUCAUCCCCCUAACUUGGUGGCAGCAUUUGGGUUGGCCAAGUUACAAGAAGAGUACCUUCUCACCUCUCGACGGCCGCUCCGUUCUUCUUCCUCUUCUUACUCUUUUGGCCGUCACCAGUCUUGGGGCCAGUCCAGCAGCUCCCCAGCUACCUCGAGCCCUUCUUUGCCCUCAACCCAUGUUCCAUUGGCCUUACCUGCCAAGAGUCCUUCCGGGCUUCCCAUACAGCGCAUUUCACCCGCUCAAAUGAAAGAACGGCGUGACAGAGGCCUCUGUUACUACUGUGAUGAUAAAUGGUUACCUGGGCAUAAAUGUAAAUCUCCACGGCUAUAUCUCAUGUUUGGAUUGACACUUCCUAUGGAAGAACCCUCUGAGGAUGUUUUUUAUGAUACAACGGAUUUCAUUGAUUCUGUUCCUGCAUUCGAUGUGGUGGAAUGCAAGGAUCCGGAGAUCUCCAUCAAUGCUAUUUCUGGUUCACCAGGUUCCAAGUCCAUGCGUGUCCUCGGGGUUUUGCAGUCUCACCCAGUAAGCAUCCUUAUUGAUUCAGGAAGUACUCAUAACUUCCUGGAUCCAUCCAUGGCUGCCCGUGUCAACCUCUCAAUUAUCUCCACUUCCCUGUUGCAUGUCAAGAUUGCUAAUGGAGAUACUAUUCCAUGCUUCGGGCGUGUUUCGGCAGUUUCCUUCAAGGUUCAGGGACACCCUAUUUUGGCUGAUUUCUACAUCAUCUCCUUAGGAGGCUGUGACAUGGUCCUUGGUGUUCAGUGGUUGCAAACCCUGGGACCCGUUCUUUGGGAUUUUUCUUUAAUGACUAUGCAUUACUCAUGUGAUGGCGUGUCUACCUUGUUGCAAAGGUUAAGCUCUCUCGAGUUAACACUAGAAGAAGGGGGUCAUUUUCUUAAACCAGCUGCUUCGGCCAAUAAAGGGUUCCUACUUAAACUCAUUUCAGGCUCAACAGAUCAUCCAAACCCCAAGUACCCGCUUGCUCUCCAGUCCCUUCUUCACACAUACAAGUCAGCCUUUGCUGAACCCACUGCCUUACCACCUCCUAGAUCCCAUGACCACAAAAUUCCCUUGACAACCUCACAUCCAGUCAAUGUGCGUGCCUAUCGUUACCCUUACUUCCAAAAAUUAGAAAUCGAAAAACUUAUCCAAGAGAUGUUAUUGUCUGGUGUCAUACGCCCAAGCCAAAGCCCUUUUUCAGCUCCUGUCCUUUUGGUGCGCAAACCGGAUGGUAGUUGGCGCUUAUGUGUUGACUACCGGGCACUUAACCACGUUACAGUCAAAGAUAAGUUUCUGAUUCCCGUCAUUGACGAAUUGCUUGAUGAACUUCAAAGGGCGGUGGUUUUCUCUAAACUGGAUUUACGUUCCGGCUAUCACCAAAUCCGCAUGCACUCGGACGAUAUUCCGAAGACGGCGUUCCGAACCCAUGAGGGACAUUAUGAGUUCCUCGUCAUGCCUUUCGGUCUCACAAAUGCCCCGGCCACUUUUCAAGGUCUUAUGAACGAUAUAUUCAAACCUUACCUCCGCCGUUUUGUGCUCGUCUUCUUCGACGACAUUUUGGUAUAUAGCAGUUCUAUGGAGAAUCAUUUGCUUCAUUUGCAGACAGUACUUCAGGUUUUGGUUUAA